AAACAAUUUCAGUAUAAUUUAACUUGAAGAAAUGAGAGUUUCCGUGUGCUUCUUCGUUAUUUUCGUUGCUUUUUGUGUAGGCAACAAGGGCAAAGCAUCCGAAACAGAAUGUCAUACAGCGUGCGAAGAUGUUAACAAACCAGUUUGUUGUACCUAUCCUGAUGGAUCUGCUGUGACUUAUGACAAUUCUUGCGAAGCUUCAGUAUACAAUUGCCAGCACGAAACUUAUUGCUUGACUAUAGAAGAGGGAGAAUGUCCUACAAAAUCAUAUGAACCACUACAAUACUCUAAAAUUGCUUGCACAAUGGAGUAUGAUCCAAUUUGCUGUUACUAUGCUGAUGGAACCAGUAGAACUUUCGGAAACACCUGCGAAGCUCCACUGACAAACUGCCAGGACAGAAUAUGUUGUACAUCAACAACGCAAGGAGAAUGCGGGAGUGCGGCCACGGCCUAAACAGUUUGCGGUCCUAAAUCCUAAAUAUCAACCUUGCAAUCAAUAAGGGCAUAGGCUCAUGCUGUUUUUUAUCAUCAUCCAAAAAUUUUAUUAUCAAAUAAAAUGUAUUAAAAUAUAGAAAACUGAAAAAAAUAACGGAGUAAAAAUUAAAAAAAAUUAAAUAAAAGUGAAAGGUAAAAAAACAAAAGAUACUAU